GUCGUUGUAGGCUCUCACGCUGCACAGGCUUGACUCUUUCUCUCUUGCCGCCAUGAACGUCGCUGGUCCCUCACGACCACGUCUGGUCCCUGGUCCAAGAGAAAGAGACAACUAUGAGGAGGAUCUUACCCGUAUGAUCGCUCAACUCGAGCUUUCUGACGUGGAGAGAUUGCAGACUUUAUACCAUAACAGAGUGCAUCGAGGAGAAGGUCUCACUGACCGUGAAGUUGCUUUCGCACUGUUGAUGCAGAACGCUCGAGAGCUUGCGGAGUUCAAUGCUGAUCGGGCACUUGCCCAGCAACUUCAAGAAGGAGAUGGAGAGCCUGUUCCUGCACCUAUGCCAGCAACAGUAGCACUACAGCGAGCUGCGGCGCCCCAACCCACCAUUAGAAACACUACAUCAAAAACACAAACAUGGGGCCAAUGGUUUGCCGCCAUAUUUUCGGCGCCCGUAUCGAAUGGUCAGACCCCACCGAACCCAGCUCAAGCGCCCACCAUUGUUAGGCCGGCUCCUCCUCGGGCUACCGGUCAUGACUGUGUGAUCUGUCAGGAUCCCAUCUUCGGAGCAGAAGUUCGGGCACCAUGUGGCCACUUUUAUGAUAUCGGUUGCAUCACCGACCUAUUCCAGUCAGCAACACGCGACGAGAGCCUGUAUCCCCCUCGAUGUUGUCGCCAGAACAUUACCCUCCCACAAGUUCGGCCUCACUUGACGCAGGCAGUCCUCGCCGAGUUUGAGCUCAAGGCUCAAGAAUUUGGGACCAUGAAGCGCGUUUAUUGUGUUGCACCAACGUGCAGUCGUUUCCUCGGGCCAUUAUAUGAGGGAUUUUUCAACAAGGUCUUUACAUGCACGUCACCUACCUGCACGACGACGACAUGUGGAAAAUGUCGCGGUAGAUAUGAAGGAUUCACCCACAGCUGCACUCCUGAUGCAGAUGCUGAGCAAGUACUCAUGCUAAGCCGCGCCUCGGGGUGGGCACGCUGUCCAGGCUGUGCUCAGAUGAUCGAGCUUAAUAUGGGGUGUUUCCACAUGACCUGCCGAUGCAGGACGGAGUUCUGCUAUCUGUGUAAAGUACUCUGGAAGAACUGCAGGUGCCCGCAGUGGGAUGAGGCCAGGCUGCUUGCUGCUGCAGAGCGUCGCGUGGAUGCUCAGAUGCCCGCCGCGCCGGUGCAUCGCGCGCAGCCUGCUAAUCCUCCCCGACAGGUCCCCGCAGUGCGCCAACCAGUGCCAGCUGCUGGUGCUGUUAGGAUUCAGCACGCUAAUCUACCCAGGCCGGCACCUGUGCCAGCGCUCAGACCAGUGCCAGUUGCCAAUAUUCGCCCUGCAAAUCCUCCUCAACAGGUCCCUGUGCCAGCACCUAGAGCAGCACCAGUUGUCAAUACCCGGCCUACGGCUCGCCGUGCUGAGGUACCUGCCCCAACACCUAUUCCUGUUCCACCACGCCCCACGACUCUCCGUCCCGAGGCACCAGCACCAGCACCUCUUCCAGCACCCCCUUCCCUGCCAGGAACUCGCCGUGCUGAGGUGAAUGCUCACGUUCCCGAAUGGCAGGCGACAUGGCGCCAGAGAGUGCUACAGGCGCAGCUCGCAGCCGCGCCGGACUCGGAUAGGGACGCUGAGGUGAAUGUUCACGUUCCCGAAUGGCGCGCGACAUGGCACCAGAGAGUGCCACAGGCGCAGCCCGCAGCCGCGCCGGACUCGGAUAGGAACACUGUCAGACAGCGUAUGAUAAUGGAGACCAUGGAGCGUCUCAGAGUGGAUCACGAUUGUGACCACACAAACUGGAAGUUCCGGAGAGGGGGUGGACGUUGCGAGUCCUGUGAGAUACAUCUCCCACUAUACCUCUUCCGGUGUAAAGGGUGUGACAUCCUCGCUUGUAACAGGUGUCGCCGAAAUCGUCUGUGAAAAAUAACCGAAUCAAAACUCUCUCGAUGCUUUGCUGAUAACUCACAAGUGGCUUUCUGUGUAAAUUACACAUUGAUCUUGGAACAAAUUGCUCUCAUGCACUGUAUAAAUCUGUAGGAUAGAAAGCAUGACCGUCUUCCUUAGCCUGUACCACAGUCUUAGAAAGGGAGAUCAUGUAUUAUCGCAUAUUGGCUGGUAGUCAAAUUCAACGUUAGUGCCACGGCCCUGGCCAAAUAGCAUCAUGAGUGGCGGAGCAUCGUAGCAACACAGUAGCCAUAAUAGUAGCCAAAAGUACUGAAUGCCGCACCUCGUAAGUAGACAUACCCAGCCUGGGAUUAGACGCUCAGACUAUAUGCUCGAUAGAGAGAAGGCCCGCUCGUAGCGCAAACGUUAUUUGGG